GGGGCCACUUGCUGGCGCAUUGGAAGGCCCACUACAGAAGAAGAGUUGUAUCCCCACUGCUCAGGAGACAACAGCGAACACCCUAAGUACAUCAGCAACAAAUGCCCCAAGUACACCGGCUACAAAUGCCUCAAGUAUACAGGCAAAAGGCACUCCAUCCACCAGCAAUAUUAUCAGCAUGUUUUUUGCACCUGGAUCAAAGACUGUCGCCCCCAAGUGCCCUAGUGACAAACACACGAGCCAAAACUUGAUGGCGGCCUUCUCACCACUUGCUGACCCCAACUUGAAUGGUCUCUCACGCUUUCAGCGCAUAUUUUCCAUCUUGACGGGUAUCGACCCACGUUCACUCACCCUCAACUCUAGUGCCAAAUUUUUCCUAUUCAUGGAUAUGCGCCUACAAAAUAAAUGGGCAUUGUUCAGCAUGACGUCUCAAAAAUGGGUUCUGGCUACAGCAGACUAUAAUAGUAGACUAGAGAAGCUUCCUAAGUCUGGUGGUAGCCCAGCAGUUAUGAAAAAACCCCGUGCACUAUUUGACAAAUUGGGGGAAAUAGAGACAAAGAUUGUCAAGAGGAUCAAGUCUAAUAAUUUUCAUCAAGCGGCAAUGAGAAGUUUUGGAGAACCCAUUGUUUCAUUGUCCAGCUCGUUAAAGGAGAAAACACAGACCUGAAAUCAGAAACCAAAAGAAACUAUUCUGUUCUGACAGUGUUCCUGUCAGAAAGGAUUUCCCAGACGAGCUUCCACCCUGGCCACAGCCUCAAGGCAUUUUUGUGAAUGGCACUCACUUUCAUCCUCGGGUUUUCCUCUCAACUAUUCAUGAAAUAUAUGAGAAGGUCAUAAUUGAGGGUGGAAAUGGUGCUGACCUUGAGAUGGAAUAUCAGGCAUUUGCAGCUAUUGUAACAACCAAGAGUGAAUUACUCUGGCGCACACAGAAUACACUAGAAGGAGGAUGAAGUUGGGGAGUGGUUACCCCUUAGGCUGCAGUGAGUUAGUUGGUAUACAAC